AUUGCUAUUGCUACUGCUACUACCACACAAGAAUUUCUCCAUCUUCUUCCUUUUAACCAGUCACAGCACACUCAAAACUUUGCCUAUCAAUAAACAAUUUGAUUAGGGUUUGUUCCUAAACUUCCCAAAUCCGUUGAACUUGAGAAACUUCUUUCUUUCCAUUAGACUCAUUUGCAGAAGAGAAACAAACAAAGGUGUGAACUUUGGGUUUCAGAAAAAUGCUUGCUGCUGUUACUUGUGCGUCUAGGCACCUUCUUCAAAUCGAUGCCAGACCCACCAUUGGUAGUGGUAGUGGCAAUCGAGUUCGCUCGCUUUUAAGUGCUUCUGGCAUCACCACCACCUCCUCAAUUCGCACUACAAGAUGUUACGGUUACGGUUAUGGAAUCAGUUUGAAUCACCGCCAACCCAAAACAUGCCCAAGUUUACUUUUUGCUAUAAAGGGGUUUCUCUCUGAUUCAUCACCUUCUUCUUCUUCGCAACAUGGCAGAGGAACCAGACCUUACCUACCACAAUCUAGUUCAACGGUAGAUGGGCGAGCGUUGUUCUCAACAUCAACUAAAACUGAUGAUGGAACCCAGAAACAAAAGACAGCUUCUACCAUUGCUAAAUCACCUCCUGGGGAACAAGUCGCUGAUAUGAAGAUCCUUCGUACACUUGCCAGUUACUUGUGGAUGAGAGAUAACCUCGAAUUUCGGUUUCGGGUUUUUGCUGCAUUGGGUUUACUUGUUGGUGCUAAGGUUCUGAAUGUUCAGGUCCCUUUCUUAUUCAAGAUUGCAGUUGAUUGGUUGACGACUGCCACCGGCAAUGCUGGUGCUUUUGCUUCUAAUUCAACUGCGCUGGCUCUUUUUGCAACCCCGGUGGCUGUGUUGGUUGGAUAUGGGAUUGCACGUACUGGAGCUUCUGCUUUCAAUGAACUGCGGACUGCUAUAUUUUCUAAGGUAGCACUGCGAACGAUUCGAUUAGUAUCCAGGAAGGUCUUCUCACACUUGCAUGAUCUUGACCUUCGGUAUCAUCUAAGUCGAGAAACUGGUGCGUUAAGUAGAAUAAUUGAUCGUGGUAGCCGUGCAAUAAAUUUCAUUCUCUCCGCUAUGGUUUUCAAUGUAGUACCCACCAUAUUGGAGAUAUCUAUGGUAUCAGGUAUACUGGCCUACAAAUUCGGAGCUCCUUUUGCGUUAAUUACAUCCCUAUCAGUUGCUGCUUAUGUUAUUUUUACACUGACUAUCACACAGUGGAGGACUAAGUUCAGGAAAGUCAUGAAUAAGGCUGAUAAUGAUGCUAGUACAAGGGCUGUUGAUUCGCUUAUUAACUAUGAGACUGUCAAAUAUUUCAAUAAUGAAGUUUAUGAAGCUGAAAAAUAUGAUGAGUACCUAAAGAGGUAUGAGGAUGCUGCUCUGAAAACACAACACAGUCUUGCUUUGUUGAACUUUGGUCAAAAUAUUAUAUUUAGUACUGCUCUUUCAACAGCAAUGGUGCUGUGUUCUCAUGGUAUCAUGGAUGGCACAAUGACUGUUGGCGAUUUGGUGAUGGUGAAUGGGCUUCUCUUCCAGCUAUCUCUUCCACUCAAUUUCCUUGGUAGUGUUUAUCGUGAGACUAUACAGAGUCUAAUUGACAUGAAGUCCAUGUUUCAGUUACUUGAGGAAAGAGCAGACAUCAAGGAUAAAGACAAUGCAAUACCUCUGAGAUUUAAUGGGGGUAACAUCCAAUUUGAGAAUGUACAUUUCGGUUACCUCACAGAAAGAAAGAUACUAGAUGGAGUAUCACUUGUUGUGCCGGCUGGUAAAAGUGUGGCAAUUGUUGGGACUAGUGGAAGUGGAAAAUCAACCGUACUUAGAUUGCUAUUCAGGUUUUUUGAUCCUCAAUCUGGAAGUAUAAUGAUAGAUGGUCAAGAUAUUCGGGAGGUAACCCUUGAGAGUUUGCGGAAGUCUAUUGGUGUGGUUCCACAAGAUACUGUACUAUUCAAUGAUACAAUUUUUCAUAACAUUCACUAUGGUCGGCUUUCAGCAACAAAAGAGGAGGUCUAUGAAGCUGCUCGGCGAGCAGCAAUUCAUGACACUAUCAUGAAUUUUCCUGAGAAGUAUUCAACUGUUGUGGGAGAGCGAGGGCUCAAGUUAAGUGGUGGGGAGAAGCAACGUGUUGCCCUAGCUCGUGCAUUCUUAAAAGCACCUGCAAUUCUGUUGUGUGAUGAGGCUACAAGUGCUCUAGACAGCACAACAGAAGCAGAGAUUUUAAGUGCAUUGAAAUCACUAGCAAAUAAUCGAACUUCCAUAUUCAUUGCUCACAGGCUUACCACUGCAAUGCAGUGUGAUGAGAUCAUUGUUUUGGAAAAUGGAAAAGUGAUCGAGCAAGGACCCCAUGAGGUGCUCUUAUCGAAUGCAGGAAGAUAUGCACAGCUUUGGGGACAACAAAAUAACACAGUCGACGCAAUCGAUACUGCCAUCAAACUAGGAGCAUAAAGAUAAUACAAAACUUCUUCCUCUUCAGGAGGGGGGAAAAUGCAUAACACAAUGUUAAUAGCACAUGUAUUUAAUGACAAUUUUGAAAUUUACUGAUACCUAGCCAGUUAUAAGCUCACUUUAGCCUGUUUUAUAUUUUUUAUUGUUAGCUAGACCAUUAAUGCAUAGAUCAUAUGUUGGGUCAUGCAAGAGGGAACAUCAAUUUGCUUUAAUGGGGUUGAAUUUAUCUGUCCCCUUAUACAUAAGUUCAUGGUGUGCAAAGGCAACACGGCUACACAAUAGUCCAAGAUGAAUGAGACCGGAUGAGCAUUCUGUGGACAUGAAGAGUUUGUAUUAUUGGAACUAGGUUAUAAAUUGUAGGGUUUGUAUAGUCGUAUAAAUUAAAGAACUUUUUAAUAACUAGAACAGCUUUCUUGUAUAUGAAGUGCUUGACUGGUUAGUA